GAGGCUCAGGGUGCACUUGUUUCUGAGGGUUUUGACGGCGACACAGCAGCAGGAGGCCGAGGCCUCAACGGACCGUUUCUGGAACAAUGGACUACCAACAGAAACUGGCCGAGAAACUGACCAUCCUCAAUGAGAGAGGGAACGGGGUGUUAAUACGCAUGAACCACAUCAAGAAGGCCUGUGCAGACCCUAAAACGCGUCCGUCCAUCCUGACAGACAAAGCCAUGGAGCCUGCCAUCAAAUACAUCAACAAGAAAUUCCCCAACAUUGACUUCAGAGGGAAUAUUCAAAAUCUGACCAACAUCCAGAAACAGAAAUCUGAAGUGUUGGCAGCGGCAUUGAGCUUUUACAAUUCUUUCCUGGAUGUCAUAGAGUUCAGGGACCAUGUUUAUGAGUUGCUGAACACCAUAGAUGCCUGUCAGUGCUUCUUUGAUAUUUCUAUCAACUUUGACUUCACCAAGAACUACUUGGAUCUGAUCAUCACCUACACGUCUGUCAUCAUAAUGCUGUCUCGCAUCGACGAUAAGAAGGCACUGGUGGGCAUGUUCAACUGUGCCCAUGAGAUGACCAACGGAAGCGGUGACCCCUCUUACCCACGGCUGGGACAGAUGUUUUUGGAGUAUGAACAUCCUUGGAAGAAGCUCACUGAAGAGUUUGGUCCUCACACAAGGUCGGUGACGGCAGCCUUGCUGUCCCUGAGGAUGGUCUAUCCACGCAGGAACCUGCCAGCCGAGCAGUGGAGGAGCGCCCAGCUCCUAAGCCUCCUCAGUGCUCCGGCUGGCAUGCUGGACCCGGCCUGCUGUGAUACUAUGGCAUGUGAAUACCUGUCGAUGGAGGUGAUGGAGCGGUGGAUCAUUAUCGGGUUCCUGCUGUGCCACAGCAGCCUGAAUACAAACCAGGCGUCGCAGGAGCUGUGGAAGAUGGCUCUGCGGAGCGGCCUCUUCCUCGUCCUGACUAGAGAUGAAGUACUCAACAUACACAAGGUUUCUGAGGACCUCUUCGACAGCAUCAAAGGAUACAACAAGCGAGUUGCAGACAUCAAGGAAGGUCGCGAGCACGUUUUGCUCAACUGUGGAGCUAUGCACAGAGAGAGGAGGCAGUUUCUUAGAGGAACGCUGAUGGAAUUAUUCAAAGUUCUGGAGGACGAACCUGGGCUUCUGGGACCAAAGGCCUUGUUUGUCUUCAUGGCUCUGUCGUUUUCCCGUGACGAGGUCCUGUGGCUCGUCAGACACUCGGAAAACAUGCCAAAGAUGAAGACAGCCGAGGACUACGUUGACAAUCAGAUGGCUGAGCUGCUUUUCCACAUGGAGAAGUUAAGAGGUCUCAUGACAAAGCACAACCAUGUAGUUCAACGCUACCACGUCCAGUACCUCGCACAAUUUGAUGCUUUGGUUCUCAAUGACACCAUUCAGAACAUGUCCGUGUGUCCAGAAGAGGAGUCAGUCCUUCUGUCUUCAUUUGUCUCAACCCUCUCUGCUUUGUCAGUCAAACAAGUGGAAAACAAAGAGGAGUUUGACUUUAGAGCCCUGCGGUUGGACUGGUUGAGAAUGCAGGCCUACACAAGUGUGAACAAGGCCCCUCUUCCAAUAAAGGAAUACACCGACUUGGCAAAAGUGAUGAACAUGAUUCAGUUUCACACCAGGAUGGUGGACAGCGUGGAAGAACUCUUGCAGGAAACAUCGGAGGUGUCCAUACUCGGCAACUACCCACGUGUGUUUGAGAAGAUGUUUUUCCAGAGCAGUGAGGAGCCGUCCAUGAAGCGCUACCUCAUGGCGUUCCCCCUCGUCUGCUCUCACUUCAGCCAGUGUGGCCAUCCACUCUGCCCAGAGGAGAGAGAGGUGAUGGAGAAGAGGAGUCUGCACCUGUGUGUGACCUUCCUGGAGCAGAUAGCCAAGCAGACCAGCAGUGUUGUGUUGGAGAUAUGUGCUGAGCAGUGCACCCUCAAUGACCAGCUGCAGCCCAAGAACUGUGCCGAGGCCAUCAGCGCCGCACGCCACAGACAACAAAAGAAGCCGUUGCCAAAGAAGGGAGAGGUCCAGAAAGAGAAACCGGGCGCAGAAAGCCUGAGGAAAGACCGGGCCGUUGUUACCAAUCUGGACAAGAUGCACUUGAUGCUGACAGAGCUGUGCUCCUCCUACAGCAUCUGCAGCGACUUUGUCGUCUUUGACCACAUCGUCGUUCCCGCAGAGUUCCUCAUUUCCCACCUGGAGACGCGCCUCUCUGAAAUCAUCGUGAGAAUGGCCCAUUACAACCAGACCACCGAGGAGAUAGCCCGUCCCUCAGACCUCCUGGCAGGGUUGAGAGCCUACAUAGCCAGCCUGCAAAGUCUCUCCAGCUACAUCAACGUGGACGUCACCCGUCUGUUGAAGAACAUCCUGCUGCAGCAAACACAGCCGCUGGACGCACGUGGAGGGCAGACAAUCACGACCAUCUACACAAGCUGGUUCCUGGAGAGUCUCUUGCGUCAGGCAAGCAACUCCCUCAUCGUUCACUGUCCCACGAUGCACUGCUUCUUCAACCAGGCCUCUGACAACGAACCAGUUUUCAGAGCAGAGCAGUUUUCAGAUAUAUCAGAGCUACAGGCCCUGGCGGAGCUAAUUGGUCCAUAUGGCAUGAAGUUUCUGAGUGAAAACAUGAUGUGGCACAUCACCUCUCAAGUCAGUGAGCUGAAGAAACUGGUGAUCGAGAACAUGGACACCCUGGUACAGAUGAGGAACAACUUUGAUAAGCCUGAGGAAAUGGCAAAUCUUAAGAAAAGGCUGUCAGGUAGCGAGAACGUAAUGAAGAGGAUGACCAUCAUCGGGGUGAUUCUGUCCUUCAGGUUGAUGGCCCAGGACUGUCUGAAAGAUAUCAUGAAUAAACAUUGUCCAUACCUGAUCGGGCCAAUUGAUUGCCUGAUGGACUUCAUCUCUCCUCAGACCGACAUCAAGGUGACUCUCGGGGUUUUGGAGCUGGCUUCAGCUGCAGGGUUAAAGUGCAAUAUUGAUCCCGCUCUUGUCGCAGCUAUCAGCAACAUGCAGACAGAUAACAUGUCGGUGGACGAGGAGUACAAGCUGUCCUGUCUGCUGCUGGUCUACAUCGGCGUGUCCUUGCCUACACUGGCGCUGGACCCCAACUCUGUCUACAGCCGAGAGCACGGAGGCCACAAUAACAACAUCCACUGUUUAGCCACAGCCAUAAACCAGCUGGCUGUUGCCAUGUUCACCGUUCAGAAGAAGAACAUAGAGCAGCAACUCAAAGAGUUUCUCCUGCUGGCCUCCUCCACCCUGCUUCAAUUGGGACAGAAUGUCGAAAAAAUGGAGAGCAAAAACCGAGAGUCGGUCUACCUGCUUCUACACAUGAUUGUGCAGGAGUCUUCAUUCUUGACCCAAGACAUGCUGGAGCGCUGCUUCCCGUACGUCCUGCUCCGGAACGCCUACAGGGAGGUGUACAGGACCUCCAUCAUCACUCUGGGCUGAAGACCGUUCAAGACUUCUAAUUUAACAUUUAUUUAUCCAGGAUACUUUGUUAAAGUGGAUCAAUGUCUCCUCUUCUUAUCGUUAAGUCUCAUACUCAUACAGAUCUGUUUCUAAUUAGUCAACCAGGACAUUUGAAAAUUCUUCCUCAAUUAAGUACCUUUUACUUACAAACUGCUAACUAGACUCACUUUUAUGAUGCUUAUCCGUCCAUGUUAAAGCGUAGACCUUUGUUGCAUUACUAAUAUCGGCUUGGUUUGCUCAAAUGCAUCAGUGCCACGACACAAAGAGAACGUGUUUUAAGAAUGACACCUAACUUAUUUUGAUUUAAGUGGAUCACAUUAUUAGGCUUAUUAGUUUGGCUGCCACACUGGAGAUCUGGAUGUUCACAUCUAUUUGUGUGCAGCGUGUGUGCUCACUUUUUCAGGACGUAGUGUCGGACGCCUGCAACUCGUCAAGUCUCAAAAAACAACCGCUAUACAAACUAAAUGGCAUUGUUUAUUUUCUGUAUAUUUAAUAUAAUAUUUCAAUAAAGCCUGUUGUCACGGUGUGGUUCA